GAAGCGGCAACGCUGGAGUGCAGAAGUGUAAGCUGUACACACCGAAGCGUAACCUGCUGGACUUCGCGUUGUCUUAUGUAAUUAGAAAAUAGCAGUGACACAGCACAUCCAGGAUUGUCUCAAGGUCGGAAUAUAAAGUUGGUGGGCACGGGUGGGAGAUCGAGUGAACUGGGAGAUCCAGGAGGUGCAAUUGGCGCAGUCGUUUGUCGUAAACAGCUCCAGGCAGCAGAGAUAAGGGAUCAACUACAUAGGUAAGGAUAUCAGUGAGACAUCUGCAGAAUGGGACUCCUUGGGAAAUUGCUUCUUGUCAGUGUGACUCUUACUGCUCUUGUUAUCGGAUACAUUUUCUACACUUUGAACCAAGUGCCACAACUCCCCGAGCUUGAAAACACGUGGUGGGGAGCUGGCCAACCUCGCAAGUUGGAUGAAUCUAUCCGAAACUUCAAAAUCAAUAUUUCAGAUGAUAUUCUGCACGAUUUGCAAAUACGCUUGGACCUACAUUCACAUAUCACACCGCCAAUGGAAAAUGUCAACUUUGAGUAUGGUUUCAACACUGAUUACCUGAAGAAAGUGGUGGAGUUCUGGAAGACAAAGUAUAACUGGCGGGAACGGGAGGUCUUCUUAAAUAAGUUCCCACAUUUUAAGACAUAUGUGGAUGGACUGGAUCUUCAUUUCAUACAUGUAAAACCACAGAAAGUUGACAAGAAUAUCCGUGUAUUUCCGCUUCUUCUUCUUCAUGGCUGGCCAGGUUCAGUGCGAGAAUUUUAUGACAUCAUUCCACUGCUGACAACACCACGUAAAGAUGUGAACUUUGUAUUUGAAGUGAUAGUUCCAUCAUUACCUGGAUAUGGCUUCUCUGAAGGUGCUUCAAAACCAGGACUGGGUCCGGCACAAGUGGCUGUUGUAAUGAAGAAUCUGAUGGAGAGAAUUGGAUUCAAAAAAUUUUAUGCCCAGGGUGGAGACUGGGGUGCACUUAUAGUAUCAAAUAUGGGUACUCUUUUUCCUAAAAGUCUUCUUGGUGUUCAUUCCAAUAUGUGUUUUUCAAACUCGUUAUCGGCAAAUCUGAAAGUACUUCUUGGAAGUUUAUGGCCAACCCUGAUUGUUGAUGAGGCUCAUGUUGAUAAGUUGUACCCUGUUGGACAACACUAUGCAUAUUUGUUGGAAGAAAUGGGUUAUAUGCAUCUUCAGGCCACCAAGCCAGAUACACUGGGAGUUGCUCUUCGUGAUUCUCCCGUUGGCUUGGCUGCAUAUAUUUUGGAAAAGUUUUCAACGUGGACAGAGAGGAGUUGGAGAUCCUUGCCAGAUGGAGGUCUGACAAGAAAGUACAGGCUAACAGAUUUGCUUGAUAAUGUGAUGAUAUAUUGGGUGACUGGUUCCAUUACAACUUCAGUGAGACUGUACAGUGAGGCCUUCACUAAAGCACAAUUUGCACUGAAACUGGACAGCAUCCCAUCCAUAACACCAACAGCAUGUGCUGCAUUCCCUAAUGAACUAGCCUACCAACCAAAAUCUCUUCUACAAGAAAAAUAUCUUAAACUUGUACAAUAUACCGACAUGCCUCGCGGGGGCCAUUUUGCUGCAUUUGAAGAGCCCGAACUUCUUGCCGAUGAUGUGUUCGAAGCAGUGAAGAUCAUGGAUAGCAAGAAAGCUACUUAGUGUGUUUGUUUACCUUAUUUUAGAAUUAGAGAGAAACUGAACAUGACCAGAUCCUCUACUUCACUUUCACUGGAAAAGUGUUUUUGUAAGAAUGAAUAAAUUCUGUAUUUUGAAGUAAUUUCAUAAUGUUAAUAAUAACAUUAGGUACAUAGUACCAAACCCAGAGACUGUGGAAAACUGUUAAUUUUUUUUUGCUUUGAACUUGUGAAGAAUAAAAUACACAACACUGUGUGCUAAAGAGAAAAAUUAUUUACCAAACAUAAUGGAUGUAGAAUAAUAAUAAUAAACUUGUAAAUAAUUAUUUUUAUAGGGAAAUCUUCUAUGGUGAAAAGGACAUGAAAUAGAGUUCUUAAAAUUA